AUGGCAAGUAUCGCUGAGGGAACGACAUCAGCGACAAAUGACAGCCUAUUAAACGAGAACCAAAAGUCAACAUCAAGAGCAAAUAGUGACGCUACAAUCGAAAAAGAUCUAAAAACUGGCGCCAGUGAGACAGCAGCCCUUUCAAAAAAUCAACUGAAGAAGCUGAAGAAGCUUGAACGCUGGGAAGCGUCCCGCGAAUGGCGCAAGGAGAGACGGAAGGAAAAAUUAAAGGAAAAGAGGGACCGUAAACGAGAGGAAAAGGUGCAAUCAACAGCCCAAACCAAUUUUGGCCCCUCUGAACUGCCGGUAUCGCACGACAGCCUGGCCGUGGGAAGGGUUACGCUUCGGGAUCUGAGAAAGAAAGAUAAUGGAAACUCUGUCUUAUUACCCGUCACUCUUGUGAUAGAUUGUGAUUUUGAUGAUCUAAUGCUGGAAAAAGAACGGAAGUCUCUCGCCUCUCAAAUCACCCGUGCAUACUCUGACAAUUCUCGGUCCAAAUACAGGUCACACUUAGUUGUGUCUUCAUUUAACGGCUUCUUGAAACAGCGAUUUGAUACCGUGCUAACAAAACAAUAUGAACGUUGGAGGGGCGUUACUAUGACCGAGGAGAAUUUUGUUACUGCAGCCGAAGCUGCACAAGCCCGGAUGAAACAGCCUCGAGGCGGGAAACUGGUGGGGGUUUUCUCUAAUAAAGUUGAUAUGGAAAAGGCUCAAUUAGAAGAAGAGGGGGAGAUUAUUUAUCUUACAAGUGAUAGCUCGGAUACCCUAACAGAGCUGAAACCAUAUAGUACAUACGUUAUUGGGGGUCUAGUUGACAAAAAUCGCCACAAGGGAAUAUGUUAUAAAAGAGCCGUCGAAAAAGGGAUAAAGACUGCUAAGCUACCUAUUGGGGAGUAUAUGCAAAUGUCGAGUCGCUAUGUUCUAGCCACGAACCAUGUGGUAGAAAUAAUCAUCCGAUGGUUGGAACUUGGAGACUGGGGUCAGGCAUUCGAUCAAGUCAUACCAAAGAGAAAAGGAGGGACGUUGAAAUGUGAAGAUGUUCAAGUAGAAAAGGUGGAGAAGGGCAAUGGAGAUGGUGCGCAGAAUAAAGAGCCCUCAGCAGAAAUUCCAAAUGAGGAAUGUCAACGCAGCCAGGAGCCUGGAGAUAUAUAG